CACAACCUCUCGCUCCCUCUCGCUCGCCCGCUCUGUCUCCGCCAGACACAUAACACCGAUACAUGCACACUUACUUUCUCUCUCUCUCUCUCUCUCUCUCUCUCUCUCUCUCUUUUUUUUCUUCUCCAUUGCGUAACACGUAUACAUCAGCACUCCGCCUCUACCUCUACCCGUUCUUCUUCCUUUCCUUUCCUGUGCCGUUGUCAAUGUCCUCUCAUCCUCGCCUCAGGAAUGAGGUUGAGGAAGAAGAAGAGCAUGGAGAGCUAGUCGUGCGGUUAGCAGUCUAUACCAAGCGUAUAUUCCUUGUCGUCCGACCCCUCGUGCCAGAAAACUGGUACGGUAUCUCUUUCACUCACGUUUUUCUCGAGGGCAUGUAGAUCAGCCCGAUAUGUGAAGAAAUGCCAGGAUGGGAUAUCAGUGGCAUCGAACGAUCGUGCCGACCAUAAUCGGCCAUAAGUUCCAUCUCCAUUCCCAACCCGCAACUGCCCUCGGAUUUUAGGGCGU